GAAUCUGCUGGCUCCUUCACACACACACUCUCACUCAACUCCAGUCAAACUUUUUACAGGAGCUAAAGAGACUGAGCCGACACAAAAUGAGAGGACUUGUUGUCUUGGUUACUUUGGCCUGCUUUGCCAGCGCUCAGCACCAAGCACUGAUUGACUACUUGGAGCGGAGGCUGCUCGCUAUUGAGGACCGGAUCUCCCUGUGGCAUGAACAGACCGCCCGUUACGCCUCCGAGCUGCGGGAGCUAAAGCAACAGAUGGUUUCCCAGCUGGAGAACCUGGAUAAAGAGAAAGAGAUACUGAGGACGAGUCUGGAUGGUGUGGGGACCAGGGUGGACCGGGUUGAGCGUGAGCUGGACUACCUGGAGACUCAGAACGGAGCUCAGCCAUGUGUGGACGUGGAUGACAAGCUGAUAGAUCAGCAAGUGACGCUGGUAGAGGAGAAGCAGAAGGCCAAGUAUUCAAAACUAUCAGACUGCAGCGACAUGAUCUCCAGCAUAAAAGCCAUGAAGAUCUUGAAGCGAGUUGGAGGGCCAAAGGGCACGUGGACCAAAGACACCAGCAGGGGCUCUGGGAAGAUCUACAUUUUUAACGGGACAGAUGAAAUCACCAUCCAUGAGUUUGCAACUGUACAAGACUUCUCCCGCUCACUGGGCCUGUCUCUGUCCAAGGACCUGAAUCUGCCGUCUGCCUGGAAGGGGACUGGACAUGUUGUCUUCAACAAUCAUGUGUAUUAUAUAAAUCAGGCUGAUGAGAUAAUGGUGGUUAAAUAUGACAUAAAGAACAACUCUGUGAAAGACAGCGCAGUGUUCCCGGUGCAGGACCACGUCCCAGUGUACGGCCUGACCCCUGAGACAGUGAUGGACCUGGCUGUGGACGAGGAAGGCCUGUGGGCCAUUUAUGCCACACGGCAGAACGAGAGGUACAUCUCUCUGGCGAAAAUGGACGCCAACUCUCUGGGCAUCGAGCAAAUGUGGGACACAAACUGUCCGAGGGAGAACGCGGAGGCAGCUUUUGUCAUCUGUGGCACUUUGUAUGUCGUGUACAACACCAAGCAGCCUGGUCGCUCAGGUGUCCAGUGUGUGUUUGACGUCAAUGGUAUGGUGACCAAUGAAGAUGCACCACUAGUUUACUUUCCAAAGCGUUACGGAGCCCACUCCAGUCUGAAAUACAACCCACACGAGCAGCUGUUGUAUGCCUGGGAUGAUGGCUACCAGAUUCUGUACAAGCUUAUCAUGAAAAAGAAAUUAGAAAUUUGAGUUACAUAAUACACCACAACAUCCUCCCAAAACUCCCACAAACAAACCCAAACCCCAUUAAAGUACCAAACCAGUGCUUUAGUUCCUUAACUGCAAAUCAUGUGCACUGCUGACCAUUUUAAUGCAUAAUGUAGAAUUCAGAUUAAUGUGCCACUGGGGUCCGUACAGUGUAAAAAUAAAUCUUGAAACUUUAACUGUGUAAUCCAGAGACCAUCAAGUAAUACCUGUUUUUUUCAGUUUCAUUAUUGUGGUGUGGUACAUGAAAGUUUAAGUCCAGACUGUUUGAAGUCUCAAUAAUUACAGAACAUUUUUUAAACAUUUGUGCACUGUGACAACUCAAGCAAGUUUCAAGAGUUUGCAACCCAUUUAAAAUAAAAAAAAGAAUAUUUAAGUAAUUAUAAUGAGAAAAUUUCAUAAAACAAUGACUUAGUAUUUCAGAUACUUUGUCAGAUUCUUAGUAUAUCAGAUACUGACUCAUUACUUUAAGAUAGAGGCAUUAUUUUAUGAUACUGAGUCAUUAUUUUGAGAUAAAGAAUCAUUGUUUUAUGAUAACAAUUCAUUAUUUUGGAAUACAGAGUGAUUAUUUUCAUAUAAUUUCUAAUUACAAUCAGUUAUUAUAAUCAUUUUCUUCUAUCACACUGGCAGAAAUGGGUUCCAAUAUCAUAUGUAAAUGAAUGGAAAGGGUUGGAGGGAAGGAAAAGUAAGUUCAAAAGUCUCCAACACUCCAACAUGGUGUGCAAAAUGGUCAGCAGUGAUGUGAUUUGUAAUCAGUCAGCUAAACAUGCAAUAUCACCAGUGUGGGCUUUGAGUCUGAAUCACAUAAAGCCUUAAAAAUUUCAUUGGUGCUGGAUUGCUGAGCUGCAUCGGUAAACUCGCACUUUUAGACGUUAACAUUGGACAUAUAUUUCCACAUUUAAAAAGGUAUCAUGUGACUUCUUUAUCUGAGGCACAUUUUGUCAUCACUGCCAAACAGUUAUUUCUAAUCAAACUGCACUGCCUUUCCAUUUUAUCAGUUAUAUCUGUGCCUACUGGUGCAUCAACUUAAUGCACUUACCUGUGAUCUGUUGAGUUAAAUCAGCCAAGCACUUAUCUUUUUUUGUCAAUAUACAGGACUCAGGACACAUCAUACUUUAUUGGACCACUCACUUAAACCUCAAUAUCUGUGCGUCUACUUAACCUGUCAUUUUGCUGUCUGAAUAAAUGUUAAUGACAUAUAUCCUGUAGCAGUGCUGAGUGCAUAGAAACACUCGUUUGUUGGUCAGUUGAAUUCAACCUGAGUUUAUAGUCAAAUGUACCCUCCUGCAAUCACUCACCUCAUAACAGUAUGUGUAGCAUCUAUUUAACUUUUAUCACUUUACAUAAAAGACAAUGCAUAGUUCUUAAGAUAGCAUUAAAAAAAUAAACAUUUCUUCAGUUAUGCCUCAAAGUUCAUUCAGCAGCUUUAUUAACUCGUCAGUCUUUUAACAUUUCUAGUACACAUUGUUUUAAUUUACCAGCUGUCAUAAUCAAAAUAUCUAUGGGGUUGUCUCACAUAUAGUGCAGCCACAAAAAUGUUGUCACUAUGGCAACCUCAGAUUACAUUUCUCUGUUUAUGCAUCAACUUUUCACACAAGUCGAGCACAUAUGGAUUUUGUGCUAUUAACAUUUUAUUAAAUGAAAUUAAUAAAAUUAACAUAGAGCACCACUAUUUGAAUAACGCCUCUCAUGCAAUGCAAUCGUUUAUUAAUUUAUAUCUGAAUAUAACAUAUCUAUUUUUUACUGCUCAUUUCCCAACUAUCUUUGCCCAUUUCUGCCUCUAAUUCUUGUUCAUUAUGGAAAUAAAAUGGCAAACUACACCCGUUAACACUAGAGCUCUGUCUCCUACUAUGUACAGGAUGUGCAGAUAUGAGCAUAAUAAAGCCACUAUGUGUAAGAUUUAAACAUUUUAGACUUUGGCACUCCCAAGUGGUACAGUAGCACCAAAAAGACACUGUGGCAGACAGCAAUGCAUUACUUUCCCUGUGAUUCAGAUUAUCUGUGCUAUCUGUUUGUCUCUGUUCAUCUUUUCUUGAUUUCAACCUUCUUGCAUUGACCGACGUGACAUCUAAAUAUGGCGCGACUAAUAAAGACUUAUUUAGUUGGAA